UUUCAUUAAUACACUCGAUAAAUUGUUCAUCAUUGCGGUACCCCAAAUACCCGAAAAUUUGUAUUAUACCAUCAGAAUCCUUCAUUGUUUUUUUUUCUUUUAACUACUGUAUUUGUUUUUUCCUUUACUCACUUUUUUAAUUUCUUCCUAAACUUCUUAUUUGUCUCAUUCUUCCUUCACUUUCUCCCUCUUUCUUUCCCUUUCUCCCACAAGUGGCAGAUGCCACCUCAUCUCCCUCCCUUACUAUUUCUUUCCACACUCCCACUUAAACUUCCUUCUUCUCCCUACCAUUUCCUACACUUUCCUUUAUCAUGCAUGUUCAUGCAUACAUAUACGUACAAUUCCCAUCCCUACUCUUUCCUUCAAUUUCCACUACAUAUUUAUACUUCUUCUACUUUCACAUACACCCUUACACUUUCUCAAAUACUAUACUAGAUAAGGAAUAUUAGUGUAUGACGGAGAAUGUUAAGGUAUUACGGAGAAUAUUAACGAGUAUAGGAGAAUAAUGGAGAAUGUUGGUGAAUGUUAACGUAAGUCGAGGAAUUUAACUACGACUUUUUUCUAUAAAUAGGGAGCACCCCUCCCCCUUUCAAAACUACAACAACACACACACACACACACCACAUAAGCCACUUACGACUAAUUCACACGACACAACUCACACACCAUAUACACUCUCUCUACUUUCUCUCUCCAAAAACGUUUUCUCUCUCCUCCCGAUCUCCCAAAAGCGUGUUAAAUCUCUUAACACUCAACACACCCUCAAUUUGGCGGACUAAGCCAUGGGAUCGUGGAUAGUCUCCACCGGGCGACAUUAAAUAGCCGACGACGCUCAAUUACGACCGUGGGACCGAACCAGGUCUAACGUCACCGUAUUUAUUUUAUUCCAUUCAGGUUACUAAUUUGAGUGUCGGAGGAGGUUCCAACCAGGACCCCCCCCCCCCCGGUGGGACCUUUUUUCAGGUAUUCGCACGGAGCUGGAGGUGGUUAAAGGCUUUGGGAAAUCAGCGCUCUCCGGACCUUAAACAUAUUGAAGCAGGCUGCUCUAAGUUUGGCAUCAACAAUUGGCGCCCACCGUGGGGCCCGGUGAGAAGAAUAUUCCCAAAGUUUUAACAAACCACCUUCAAGCCGUGAUGAAUACCUAAGGUUCUCCCAGUAUUCCUACCAUUGAAGCAGUGCGUCGCUCUUUAAGAGUAAUCGAGACUGGGGGCAACCCAACCCCCCGUUCACCACUCAGCGAUGCACCGAGUCAAAAUACAGAGCCUCGAGUGGUGCCACUUGCACAGAAUACCUCCAUUCCGGCACCAGAAGCAAUUCCCACCCCUACUCCGCCACAAGUACGUGAGAUGCAAGUUGAGAUUGAGCGACUUAGAGCUCAACUCAGGGCCAAAGAAGCCUCCCAGAUUAAUGCUCCUGGAUCUUCCAGAGGACCCGUAACAAAUAAUCAGGAGAGAGUUGCAGCCCAUGGCUCGGUCAACGAACCACCCGAUGGGAUGUCAGCACCUGUUGGAUUAAUCGCUCCGAGUCUCUCAGCCAAUCUGCUCGAACCUUCCCCAGGACACGAAGUUGUCACUUCAACCGGAAUAGGAGGACCUCUAUCCAGAAUCGUGUAGGAUGAGCCCUACCCAUCAAAUCUUCAUUUACCAAGCUUGCCAGAAUAUUAUGGCACCACAGAUCCAGAAGACCACUUUUGCUCUUUUCAAAUCCUAAUGCCAUUAAUCGGAGCAUCUGAUGCAACAAUGUGCAAAAUCUUCCCAGCAACACUCCGUGGAGAUGCCCGACGAUGGUACUCAAAGUUACAAGAUGGUAUUAUCUCCAGUUUCUUCGAAUUUGCCACUCUCUUCAGAUGCAAAUUCUACGCACAAAAAAAACAACCUAUCAGCAUCCAUCAACUCCUCAGCAUCAGGCAGCGUGAUGAUGAGACACUCAAGGCUUACUAUACUCGAUAUAGUAACAUCGCCAUCGGACUAACGUCCAUUUCCACUGAGAUCGCCACCAAUGCCCUGAUGCGAGGGACUAUCAACACUGAUUUAUAUGCUUCUCUUGCAAAACGGGCUCCCCACAGCACUAUGGAGCUUCAAGAGCGAGUUUCAAAAUAUAUUGAUCUAGAAGAAGCACUUCAGGAGGUUAGUCGGGCAGGAUCCAAAAGAAAACAAGAGACUUCAUCCCAAGAUUCCCGUCGACAACGUCAAGCUCCUGCAACCGAGGGCCGAAACUCUUCCCAAAAUUCCAGAACGGAAGAUACCCAGUUACAACAAAGCUAUACUCCUCUCAAUCGCUCUAGACAAGCCAUUCUUCAGAUCAUUCGAGAGAAGAAAAUUCCCAUUACUCAACCUCCUCCAAUUAUGAGGGUUUCAGGAAAGGGCCAACAAUUCUACUGCGAAUUUCAUCGAUACAAAGGAAAAGCACCACAGGGAAGUGGAUCGGUGUUGGGAAAUGUUCCUGUCAUUCAUGGUGGGGUCAAAUUAUCCGAACAAGUUGGUUCUCGCUCAACCGGUGCCCUAAGGUUGGUCGGUUUCGCAUCUACCACACAAAUUCCCACAUCUUUCGACGAUAGGGAUCUUGAAGAUAUCGAGUAUCCUCAUGAUGAUGCCUUAGUCAUUAAGGCAGUAAUUGCAAACUAUUCUGUGCAACGAGUCCUCAUCGAUGGAGGAAGCUCUGCAGAUCUUUUAUUCUACCCAGCUUUCAAGUCCAUGGGUCUUCAACUAAACAAAUGUCACCCUCCUAGCAUUUACCUCGUGGGGUUCUCCGGAAAUCAAGUCCCAGUUCUGGGGAUUCUCCCACUCCAAGUUCGUAUUGGCAAUAACCAACAAACCGUAGAGAACACAAUCAACUUCCAUGUUAUUGACUGCCCUUCCGCGUACAACUGCAUUCUCGGGCGCCCUUUUCUACAUCAAGUUCGGGCUAUACCCUCAACUCUGCACUUAAAAUUGAAGUUCCCAACUAUUGCCGGAGUCGGGUGUGUGAAGGGAGAUCAAGCUCUUGCACGACAGUGUUGUGAGUUCUCCCUUAAAGAUGGCUUUGUGGCCACGAUGGAAGCCAAAGAUGAGGUCGCUCGUCCCGUUCCCGUUGACCCUGAUGAAGAACAUACAUUAGAAGAAGGGCGAACCGUUCGUGUAUCCAUGGCAUGGCCUAAAAAUUAUCUCCCACAACUUCUUAGUUUGAUGAUCGAGUACAAAGAGCUCUUUGCUCAAGGACCUGAGGAUAUGCCUGGUCUUGAUUCAAAAGUUGCCGAGCAUACACUAGGGAUAAUCCCAGAGGAGGUAAUCAAGCUAGGGCAAGCCGGCUUCAUUAGUGAGGUUCUCUACCCAACAUGGUUGGCUAAUGUGGUCAUGGUUAAAAAGGCCAACGGCCAGUGGAGAAUGUGUGUUGACUUCACCGAUCUCAACAAGGCUUGCCCGAAGGACCCGUAUCCUUUGGCCAAGAUUGAUCUGCUCAUUGAUGCGACCGCCGGUCAUCGCCAUCUCUCUUUUCUUGAUAUGUUCUCAGGGUACCACCAGAUCCCACUAAAGAAAGACGACCAAAAAUAUACUGCCUUCAUGACUCCGGUAGGAAAUUAUUGCUACAAGGUGAUGCCAUUCGGCCUCAAAAAUGCCGGAGCUACCUAUCAACGUAUGGUGGAUCGAGUCUUUGCCCGACAACUAGGUCGAAAUGUUGAAGCCUAUGUGGAUGACAUCCUAAUCAAAAGUGCAGAGACACAUGCACAUUUAGAAGAUCUACGCGAGACUUUUGAUACCCUACGAGGAUACAACUUACGCCUUAAUCCAAAAAAGUGCGUCUUCGGGGCCACCGCAGGGAAGUUUCUUGGAUUCAUGGUGACAAGACGUGGAAUCGAGGUUAACCCCAGGCAAAUUGAAGCGAUUCUCCAGAUGACAUCACCUACAAAGCAUAAAGAAGUACAGGUUCUAACAGGAAGGAUUGCGGCACUCAAUCGAUUCAUUUCACGAGCUGGGGAUCGGUGUGCCCCUUUCUUCAACACCAUAAAAGGAGCUGGAAAAACUUUUCAGUGGACUCCUGAAUGUGAGAAAGCUUUCACAGAACUUAAGGAGUACUUGGUGAAUCCCCCAAUACUCUCAUCUCCCGUCAACAACGAGACAUUGUACAUGUACUUUGCUGUCUCCUCCAAGGCUGUGAGUGUUGUACUCGUUCGCCGAGAUACAAACCAUACAGAGCAUCCUAUUUACUACACUUGUAAGACCCUGUUAGAUGCUGAAACAAGAUACUCUCCUGUGGAGAAAGCCGCCCUAGCUGUGGUGGUUGCCACUCGAAAGCUGCGUCCGUACUUCCAAAGCCACCCCAUAUGUAUACUCUCUCAACUUCCUUUACGUCGUCUACUUCAGCGGAUGGAUGUUGCUGGUAGAAUGGUGAACUGGGCCAUCGAGCUUAGUGAAUACGAUAUCACUUUCCUCCCUCGCACCGCCAUCAAGUCCCAGGUUUUAGCUGACUUUGUUGCAGAAGGUGUUCGAGCAUGUAUCCCACCAGAAACAGAGACUUGGAGAUUGUACGUUGAUGGUGCAUCUAGUAAAACUGGAUCAGGAGCAGGGGUUUUGCUCAUCAGCCCUCUCGGAGUCACUCAUGAAUUGACAAUUCGCUUUGCCAGCACCAUGACGAACAAUGCUACCGAGUAUGAAGCCCUCCUAGCGGGACUAAUUAUGGCUCAAGAAUUGGGCAUUCAACGAAUUAGGGUCCACUCCGACUCUGCCCUAGUUGUCAAUCAAGUGCAGGGGGCAUACGAGGUACGAGAGCCCACACUCGUACCAUACACCAAUGCCGCUCGUAUGGCACUCUCUGAGUUUCCUCAAGCGGAGAUAGUCCACAUAUCUCGUGAGGAUAAUCUUCAUGCAGACGCAUUAUCAAAACUUGCAACAGCACAAGACUUCCUCAGCGAGAGACAUGUGAUCAUUGAAAGGCGUCCAACAAUGUUAUGCGCCCAAGUUACCUCAUUUCCAGCACAAUCCGAUUGGCGAACACCUCUCAUCGAGUAUCUAAAAUAUGGGCUCCUGCCCGCUGACCAGAAGGAAGCCAUCCGCCUUAAGAGACGUGCUCCUCGUUACCUCUUGAUCGAGGGAGAUUUAUACAAGAAAGGCUUCACUGGACCCUACCUGCGGUGCCUUAGCAUUGGCGAAGCACACUUUGCCGUACAGGAGGUACAUGAAGGAUCAUGGGGGAUGCACGCUGGUACUCGUAGCUUGGAAAAAACCCUUCUACGACAAGGUUACUACUGGCCCACGAUGCGGCGGGACACUCAAAAGUAUGCUCAAGCAUGCCCCAAAUGUCAGGUGGCCGCGCAAACCACUCAUGCACCUCCAUCAAAAAUGCAGGUUAACAUCGGGCCAUGGCCAUUCGCUCAAUGGGGGAUGGACUUUUUGGGACCCUUUCCCAUGGCUCCCGGACGAAAGAAAUGGUUGAUCGUAGCCAUUGAUUAUUUUACCAAGUGGAUUGAGGCUGAGGCGAUCGCUAGCCUAUCCACUCAGAAAGUUGAAAAGUUUUUAUGGCUAAACAUCUUAUGCAGGUUCAGUCUCCCUCACACUCUAAUCAUGGAUCAAGGGACACAAUUCACAAGCGAAGAUUUACAGGCCUACUGCGCCCAAUAUGGAAUCUUACUUCGAUAUGCCUCAGUGGCCUAUCCUCAAGCUAACGGUCACGCUGAGGCUGCUAACAAAAGCAUCCUAUGGGGCCUAAAAACCAGAUUAGGCCAGGCCAAGGGUCGAUGGGUCGAGGAGCUGCCCCAUGUGCUUUGGGCCCACCGGACAACUUACAAGACUUCCACUGGGGAGACACCAUAUGCCUUGACUUAUGGCACCGAUGCUGUGCUGCCAAUUGAAAUGGAGCUCUCCUCUUACAGAAUCCAAGCAUUCCACCCUGAUGAAAAUCAAAUCGAGCUCACUCAUGAUGUACAUCUCAUCGAGGAGCGUCGAGAGGAAGCACUUUUGCGACUCGCCGCUUCCAAAGAGAGGAUCGCGCGUUACUACAACGCCAAGGUGAGAAAUCGACCCAUCAGGGAAGGGGAGUGGGUUCUGAGGAGAAACUUCAAACACAUUCCAAGUCAAGGAAAGUUCACCCCCCAGUGGGAGGGUCCUUACAAAGUGCGUAAAGUGGUCGGACCAAAUACUGUAAAACUAUCACUCCCUGAUGGUCAAGACAUGUCAAGGACUUGGAACACAAUGCAUCUAAGGAGAUACUUUACUCCAUAAAUAUGGUAUACCCUUGCUAUAUUUUAAAUAAACACCCCAGUGGAUUUGUUCCCUAAAUAAAAACCAUGGUAGGGUGAAAGAUAGCUAGCAAUAAAAGUAGCGUGUUUAU